GUUGCAUUUGUGUUAGCGAGAGAGAAGGGUACAUUGUGUCAAAGAGGGGAUACACUGUAUUAAUGCUACCUGGACAAUGAGGGGAUAUUAAUAAUGUGUUACUUUACCACGAAGCUCUGAUCUGCCGGAAUUAUAUCGUUUCUUUUUCUCCCUCUCUCACUCCCUCUUUCUUUCAGUUUCCCGAUACUUUGCAUCCCUCAUUCGGAUCUCCUUGUCUCUCUUUCUCUCUCUCUCUCUCUCUCGUUCGUUCGAAUGGAUCCUGUCCCUCCCUGUCUGAGCCGGGGUUCGGCUCUGGGUGCCGCCUGCUCGCCGUCUGCAAGUGGCGGCAGGGAUCACCCUCCGCCGCUGGCCUCCCGCUCCACCUCGCAGACGCCCGACAUGAAACGCCAGGCGGUGAAGCGGCACCACCACAAACACAACCUGAGACACCGCUACGAGUUCCGCGAAACUUUGGGCAAAGGCACAUAUGGUAAAGUGAAGAAAGCGGUUGACAGAUCCGGCCGAGUGGUCGCUAUCAAGUCGAUCCGGAAGGACAAGAUUAAAGACGAGCAGGAUCUGGUCCAUAUCCGCCGGGAGAUUGAGAUCAUGUCAUCGCUUAGUCACCCGCACAUCAUCAACAUCUACGAAGUUUUUGAAAACAAGGAUAAAAUUGUGAUCAUUAUGGAGUACGCAAGCAAGGGUGACCUGUACGACUUCAUCAAUGAGAAGCAGAGUUUGACCGAGCAAGAAGCCCGACGUUUCUUCAGGCAGAUUGUAUCUGCCAUCCAUUACUGUCACAAGAAUGGAAUUGUGCACCGGGACCUGAAGCUGGAGAAUAUCCUGUUGGAUGCCUUCGGGAAUGUCAAGAUUGCUGAUUUUGGUCUCUCCAAUUUGUACCAUCAUGACCGGUUUUUACAGACCUUUUGUGGCAGCCCCUUGUAUGCGUCUCCAGAAAUUGUCAAUGGCCGCCCUUACCGGGGACCCGAGGUUGACAGUUGGUCCUUGGGCGUACUGCUCUAUACCUUGGUUCAUGGUACCAUGCCUUUUGAUGGGCACGAUUACAGAAACCUGGUUAAACAGAUCACCAAUGGAGAAUACCGUGAGCCUACCAAACCUUCAGAUGCGUGUGGGCUGAUCCGUUGGCUGUUGAUGGUGAACCCUGACCGUCGAGCCACCAUUGAAGAUGUCGCUAAUCAUUGGUGGGUGAACUGGGGCUACAAGACCCCAGCCUGUGAGAUGGAGUCGGUGAAAGACUACGAACCACCGGUGACGAUCACUUUAGACUGGGUGCAGCGGUCAUCCCGCAUUGUCUUCGAAAGCAGCUCAAAGGUGCGUUGCUUCUUCAAGCAGCACAGCUCACCGCUGGAGCGGCAGAGGUCACUCAAGAAAUCGAAGAAGGAGAAUGACAUUUCACACUCGCUGCAGGAGGGGGGAGCUUCUGAAAGUCAGGGUAAGUCGCUGCUGAAGAGGCCAAAAGGAAUACUGAAGAAAAGGAACAAUUAUGAACAUCGCUCACACAGUGCAGGCAAUGUCAAUCACUCUGUGCCAUUGGAGGAGACUCUGUUCACCCAUAAAGACUCCAGCACAUCAGCAACAGAAACCAAUAAUCAGCAGCCCAAUGCUGCAGCUGCCCCUGCACCAAAGAAAGGGAUACUAAAGAAACCUGCAAAAAGAGAAUCCGGCUAUUACUCUUCACCAGAACCGAGCGAGUCAGCAGACUUGUUGGACUGUGAGAAUUCUUCUGUCUUUGAGGCGGUGACUUUUGACAUGAACCAUGCCAGUGGCAAUGGCUCCAAAGACACAGCAUGCAGGCGCAAAGGCAUCCUUAAACACAAUGGGAAGUUCUCCUCCAGCAGCACGGACUCUUCAAUGGGGAGUCCCACUCUGAAAAGCUUGGGCUCCUUCAACGAGUUGGCCUUUUCCGACAUCAGGCUUUCAUCAAAUCGGAGCUACCCGUCGAGUGCGGUAAGUGAGGACAGCAUCCUCUCCUCCGAGUCCUUUGACAGGCUCGACCUCCCUGAGGGCCGGCAGGAACGCAGCCAGAUGCGGAGCUGUGUCUCGGCGGACGACCUGCUCCACCUGGAAGGAUCCGAGUCAGACUGCAGGCCGCGUCUUCGUAAGAUGAAGUGUUUCGCCGAGUUGGGUGACAGCAACUUUUCCCUCAUGGACCUUGAUAAUGUGACCGAAGUCUACAAAAAGGCUGUGGCAAUUUGCAAUAAGCUGAUCUGAGUGGGACAAUCUGAAUCGCUCUGUUAUAUCUGCAUCCUAAUGAUUCAUUGUGAAUGAUUGAUGUCAAAGCAAAUGUGCUGCGAGAGGGAAGAUGAACAGGACAGGGGUGCAUCGGAGAUCACAGAAUGUGUCUUUAAAAAGAGGAACGAGAAGCGAAUGUAGAGCAAAGCGAGGGUACAGAAUGUGAAAAAAAAGAUUGGCGGUUGUCGAAUGGAGCCAAGGCAUAGUGCAAGGAGACACUUGUUUCUUCAUUAAUCUAAUGCAGUGUUUCACCUUAAGAAUAAAUGGAAGUUGUCUAAAAUUGGGCCUAGAUCCUGCAUCGAAAGACACUAGUGUGGUGGUCUGGACUUGCGCUAUAAACACUGAAAUGAACAGUGGAAGCGUGAUUGUGUAAAGAAGGCCGAUAAGAUUGAAAACAUAAGAUAAGGGCUAAGUUUAGGAAAUAAUGGCAUUUGCAGAAGGAAGAGAUAUGAAAUCCUUUUUUCCCCCUCUUUUUUUUUGAGGAAAAAGAAAAUGUACUAGUGACUGGGGAGAGGGGGUGGUUAGUGUUGGAGAAUCUUGCAAUAUUUGUGGUAGUAAGAUACCACCAUUCUAUUUACCUGUGCCAUUGCUGGAUAAUAAAUCUACAGAAAGUGCUUUUCCGCAAUGCUACGGACUGUUUGAGCAUUGCCUGUUUCGUUGGUCAGGUAAUGGGUACCUUGUGUACCCAUGUAACAGUCCCUGCCUAAAACAAUAAGUAUACAAGAAAAUUGGGCGGUUACACCAGACCGAAAACUGAUUUUACUAUUUAUGUGACAAACAUAUAUAUAUUGCCUGUUAAUUUAUUUUUCCCUCUGUCUCAGACCUCUGGUCGUGUGUAAAUAAGUGAAUGCCGAAGAAGUUUAAUAUUAUAAUAGAUUUUUUUUUCUACUGCUUAAUUAAUAAUGAUUUUGGCCAUAAUUCUAUGAAUGCAGUCUUUAAUUUGUAACGGAACCCAACUGACGUGUCUGUCUGUGUGUCUGUCUGUGUGUGUGUGUGUGUGUUUUCUUCUUUGCUGGUGGAAGAGUUGAUGCCAUAAAAGUUUUUGACUCUUCUAAGCACUGGGCAAGUUUUAGCAUUGAG